AAACGGCUCUUCCUUUCUUGCCCUCGAGUUUUGGCGCGCACCGACCCAAGCGUCGGCGGCGGCGGCGAUGGACCGGCUCCGGCGCCCAAACCCUAGCAGCCGGCCCUGUUCCGCUCCGCUGAAGCCCCCGCGGCCCCCGCGAGGCCCGACCUUUCAUCCCCCGCCGGCGCCGAGGACAUUCCCAGAGUCCUCCCCAGAUGGAAGGCAAAGGAAAAAGGUUCGAUUUUCGGAUGAAGUUGGUAGUCAUCACAUAGGUGGGAGACGGGUUGCUAACGUACAUGAAGCUGCGAAAAGCAAACCUCAAGUUUGUGAUGCGAAAACUGCCGAAUACAAGUUCUUUAAGAAAUUGUGCGAACAGUCAGGCCAUAGCUCCCGUUCAUACAAAAAUUCUCAUCAAAGCAUUGAGCCAAAGAUCUCCAAACAAAAACAAGAAUCACAUAAUGUUCACCGAAAUACUGUGUGUUGUGAUGACCCCCCUGCUACACCUUCUAAGAAUGAGGAAAUCCCUGGCCAACAAGUGAACGUGCGAUCCUCCCAUUCUGAAUAUGACGAUAAGGAUACACCUCAGUUCAACCCAAAUGAUUGCUUGCCGAGUAUUCAUGUUCUCACACCUAUAGCUCAGACACCAUUUGAAGUUACAGGGACUUCAAGAAAUAUUGGAAGAGAGCCCGUCAGUGGACGGAUUUUUUCAGAAAAGAGAAACAAAUUAUUAAAGCUAGCUGCAAAAACAGUGUCAAUGGGAAGUGCUGAGUUGUUGCAAAGAAGGUCAGAAUUUGUAGGUGACAUCCUGCAAAGGCUAGGUGCCAACAACAUUAUAAGAAAGCACCAUGGAGGGUCUAUGAGACACAGGAAAAUUGACUGCAGACAAGCUCCUGCUAUUCCCAAAGGCCAUUUUGAUAACUUGUUAGAUUACGAGCGAAGGGACUUCAAUUCAUUGACUAGACUGAGAAGAAUGGGUGGAAAGUCAUCUUCUUAUGCAAGUGAUGAAGCAUGUGAAUUCAUGGCUUUACCGUGGGGAUACAAUCGGGGCCUUCCAAGUUCUAUUGAUUGGAAAAAUGACUUACCUGGUGAGGGUAAGGAAGCACGUGAAUUCAUGGCACUGCCAUGGGUGUGUAUUAAGGAUAUUUCAAGUUCUGAUCAGAAGAGAGGCAGUAUUCACAACCAGGUUUCAAACUUGUUACUAGAGGAUGUCAAACCAUACAUCCAUGGAAGAUCAGCUUCAGCUAAUGAGUUGAGCUUGAACGUUCAAACUGCUUCAUAUGAUCAGCAUGGAUGGGGCCCUAUGUUGUCGGUAACACUCGCUGGGUCAUUUCGAGAUAGAUUGUCCUUGCCCUGUCAGAUUGAGGAGCAGCAUCACGCAGUACCAUAUGCAAUUUCAAAUACUUCCUUGCAACCUGAUCUCGGCAGCUCCAUAGAACAAUGUAUUUCUAGUUCAGUUGGACUGGAGAGGGAAGACCCAGAAGAGGCAGGAUUGUGUGAUAAUUCUGACGCCGGGUUUUCAACUAGGUUUGAUCAGUUACUUGCGAAAUCAACUGCUUCAAGCUUUUUGGACGGUGGAAUGGAAAUUCUGGAUCAUAACGAUUUCAGAUAUAUCUCCAACUUCCAUGUAAGUGAAAGCAACAACAUGGUGUUGAAUGCAAACACAAGUUGCCUGAGUGCCAUGUGUUCAACUCCAGAGCAUCCAUAUGAGCUGGGCCCAAAGCGCCUGCAUGAUUCUGCUGUUGGUGUAUCUUGUUUGUUUGGACUGGAGGAGAAAUAUUCCAGAGAGGUAGAACUGUCUGAUAAUUGUGAUGGGCUUCUGCAGGUGUUGGAUCAGUUACCUAUGAAAUUGGCACAUUCAUGUUUUUCAAACGACAAGUCUGGAAUUUGGGAUAAUCAUCAUCUCCGAUAUAUCACUAGCUGUCCCCUGAAGGACAUCAGCAGCACUUUGUGCCUGGAUGCAAAUGACUGUGGUCUGAAUUCAUUGUCUUCAUAUUCAGAGCAUCCUUGUAAGCAAGAUUGGAAUAGUUUGCAUGAUUCUUCAGAAUUGUGGUCAUCAGUGCAUCAGCUCCAAUCUAAUGCUAAUUUGGGAGCCGUGCUUGGUUUCAUGUCAAAUGAAAGUGCUUACACUGAUUUGGAAGGUCACCAGAGCCUCAUGCUAGUCCAAGGCAAACCGAACAAUGACGUUCUUGGUACAACCGAUCUCUCAUUCUUUGGUUCUUGCUCUGCUAUGGAUAACAUCAGGGAGGCUCCCGUGUUGUCUUCUGAUGGCAUAACGUGGUAGUCCAUCUGAAAUUUUCAUCCAGGUGCCUUUUUUUGGUUCACUUUGAUUCUAUUUGUUGCGAUACAUUUUGCUAUAUGCAAUUUUAACUUUUGAACGUACAUAUGUGGAUGUUACCUCAAAUUACAUACUUGAAGUUAUUAGCUUUCCACUUCAGUUCAGAAAAUGGUCAGCAACAUUGUUUGGACUGAUGUACUAUGUUUGAAAUUAUUGCUACAUGCUGUUGAAUGAGGCUGAAUAGC